ACAACACUACUCCUAAAAGUUGAUUUUUGGUUUAGAAAAGUAAAAUAUUUACUUUUUGGCUUAAAAAUGGACGAAGUAGUCGAUGAAAGUGAUUAUCUUUUGGAAUCGAAUCGUUUAGCUACCUUCAAAAACUGGCCUAAUCCAAAUAUUUCGCCGGAAUCAUUGGCCAAAGCAGGUUUCUACUAUUUAAAUCGUUCGGAUCAAGUGAAAUGUGCCUGGUGCAAGGGCAUCAUUGCCAAGUGGGAAGAACAAGACGACGCAUUUGAAGAGCAUAAACGUUUCUUUCCUGAUUGUUUGCGUGUUAAAUUGGGUCCAAAUUUAGAAAUGGCCAGUGAUGGCAUGCGGGAUUUGGGCAUACAACAGGUUUCACCACCGAAAAAACCAAAAUUUUCCUCACUAGAUUCACGACUCAGGACAUACACGCAUUGGCCCAUACCCGAUAUACAACAACCUGAAGCGCUGGCACAAGCUGGUCUUUAUUAUCAAAAUGUAGAUGAUCAAGUGCGUUGUUUUCAUUGUAAUAUCGGCUUGCGUUCAUGGCAAAGAGAGGACGAUCCAUGGUUUGAGCAUGCCAAGUGGUUUCCACAGUGCCAAUUCGUCCGUUUAGUUAAGGGUGCUAAUUAUAUACAACAUGUACAGGAGCUGACAAGACAAACGGGACAUCAAUUACAUAGUGAAAUGACAAUUGAGGAAGCAAUGAUGACUGCACCAGUGCUGCAAGCACUCGAAAUCGGUAUUGAUGGUGGCUCAAUACGUAAUGCCACCCAAAGGCAACUAUUGGCGAUGGGUCGUCCCUACGAUACUGUUGAGGAUUUAAUAAAGGCUGUUUUUGGUGAUACAGAAGACGCCGAACCAAUCGCAAGUGGUCAAUGCACAGAAGCUGUUAGUGCUUCUUUGGCUGGUGAUGUUUCACGGCUGAUAAAUAUGCUCGACGAAGCUGGUGUCAGUGGUGGGAAUUAUGUCGGAACCCCAAGCAACACAUACAACAAUACGAUAGCAAUGAGUCAGAAUAAUGUGCAAAAUCAAAUGCAUGUGAAUGUGUUGAAUGGACCAAGCUGUUCAAACGCUUUAACGAACGCGUUGCAAGCGAAAAGUGCAGGCGAUAAUUUAAAAACGCCCGCGGAAGAAGUUAAAUGCGAAGAAGUGAACACCAAACAGCCAAAUGAGCAAACAUUGAAUAGAGCUUUGUCGUUGGAGGAGGAGAAUCGUAAACUCAAAGAUGCUCGCCUCUGUAAGGUUUGCCUGGACGAAGAAGUUGGUGUGGUGUUUUUGCCGUGUGGUCAUUUAGUUACAUGCGUGCAAUGUGCACCAGGCGUGGGCCAGUGUCCAAUGUGUCGCGCCGAUAUUAAGGGUUUUGUACGCACUUAUCUUUCAUAAAGUGGCUGAAGAAACAAACAAACAAACAAACAACUAUUUAUUUCCUCUCGAAAAAUGUGUUAUAUUAAUUUAUUAUAUGGUAGCUGCUAUUAAAAUGCUUUAGUACACACACACACAUACAUAUAUAUACACACACUAAAUAUACAAUAUAUAUAUAUAUAUAAAUGUUAUGUUAUAGUUUGGAAUGGUAAAGCACGUACGAAUAAUAGUAUAACUAAGCAUACUUAUACAAAUAUAUACACACAUACUUAAAUAUAAGGAGAAUGUUCAAAAUUAGAUUUUUUAUUUAUCAUUGAACGACAAACUAAUAAACUCUUUUUGAAUGUGUUAUAUAAUAAUUUAUUACAAUUGCUAAUGAAAUUUGUUUAGUACGCACAUACGUACAUUGAAAUACGAUUAUUUAUACAAUAUAUAUGUAUAUAAAUGUUAUCUUAUAGUUUAGAAUGGUAGCGUUUGUAUGACUACUAGUAUAUGUAAUGAUUUUACCUACACACUUAUAUAUACAUACAUACAUAUAAGGAUAAUGUUCAAAACUAGCUUUUUACUUAUCAUUGAACGAUAAACUAAACUCUGUUUAAAUGAUAUACCAAACUACCUUGCAAUAAAAUCAAAUUAUGUAGCUUAUCUGUUAUGUUUUUCGACUUUAAAAAAGUCAUUUGAUACGAAUAAUCAUGAAAUUUGAAUGUAA